AUGGCGCCGGCUAAGAGGAGCGCAAAGUCGGAUGCCGCGGUGGCGGCCAAGGCUCAUGAGGCGCUCGACAAGGUGGCGGAUGCGCAGGCCGUCGUGCCUGCGCUGCGACAACAGCAGCAGCAGGGGAAGCUCCCCGUCGCGUUGCAGUUCCCCAUCGCGGCGGCCCUGAGCUUCGCGCUCGCGAGCCUGGGCUACAGCAUCGUUGGGGAGGUGAGCAAGGGGGAGCUGGUCUCUGUGAUCCACGCGCAGGAUACGUGGGGCCAGGUGGCGAUCUUGGCUGGGUGGAGGAUCAUCGAGCUGGCCGUCGCGUGGUUUGGCAAUAUGGACAGCUUGGACGUGGCCAUGAUGGACCUCUUGUCCCAUGCGCCGUCGCUCUAUCUUCUCGCGACCUUUUACUCCCUCAGCCCCAAGACUGCGGUGUCGGCGCUCGUCGUCGAUGUUGUCUCGGCAGCCGUGCCUUUUGCGCUUAUGCGCCCCCUCUCCGAGAUCCAUCGGCCGGGCAAGGGCGGUAACCGCGAGCUCAUCGAUCUGCCUAUGCAGCUCUAUACGGCGGCUCUGUCCACGGGAAUCUACACUGUGAUCCUCGCCCUGUCGCUCCGGCUCAUGCUGCCGCGCAUUCUGGUCGUCUACUUUUCCGGCCUGCCCAGCGUGGAGCCCGCGUACUCGGCGACGUAUACCGCUGUGCUUCCCGUAACGGGCGUGUUGGGGGCGGCGGCGAGCCUCUUCAUCUUCGCGCCGUUCGCCACGACGGGCAAGUCCAAGGAGGACGACAAGCUGGGCAAGUUCGACCCCGUGGAUGCGACGCUCGGGCAGACGGUGCGGUGGAACCUCUGGGGCUACACGGCCAAGACCAAGGUGGUGAUCCGGCGGACGGCGGUGGCGGCCUUUGUGACGGGCGUCAACACGUACCUGGCGUGCACCAUGACCAUUUCCGGCAUCGAGUCGACGGGUGCGGUGGCAUAUGCCGCCGUCUGGGUCGUUGCCGCGUUGAGCACGGGACUGGGCCUCGGAUUGGUCGGCGGCGGUAGCGACUGA